AUGACCCAGACCACCUUCCACACCGAAGAAAUUCACGCCAUCAAAUCCCUCAUCCAAGCCUUCUUCGACCGCAUCAACGCCAGCGACCCCUCCGGCCUGCAGACCCUCUUCGUGCCCCAUGCACACCUCACCAUCAUCCGACAGGAUCCCCCCGCUCUACCACCACCGCCUCCUUCCACAACAACAACAACAACAACAACCAGCAACAACGAGGCCCAAAAACUCACCCUCGCCCUCCAAACCAGCAUCGAAAGCUUCAUCGAGAUGCUCCAAGACGGCAGCAAACCCCCCGGAUCCGGUCCCGUCGUGCACGAAAUGCCCGAUCUCGACGCCACGGAUGUCAGAGUCGAUGGCUUGUUUGCGUGCGCGUGGUGUCCGUUCCGCGUGACGUUUGAUGGGGCACUGCAUCAUUUUGGGAAUUUCGUGUUUACGUUGGGGAAAGUGGAUGGUGGGGAUGGUGGGGAUGGAAAUGGGGAUGAGGGGGGCAAGAAGAAGAAGAAGAAGAAGAAGAAGAAGGAGUGGAGAUUCGAAGGGCUGACGCAGAAUUAUAGACGUACGCCUGGGUGGGAGGGGGAGGGGCAGCAGCAGCAGCAGCAGCAGCAGCAGCAGCAGCAUGAGGGGAGGGAGGUUGCGAAGUUUUAG